GAUGGGUCAAAAGAACGUGAGAGACCAUUGAAUCAAAUGGAGUCUAAAUCGGCUUCGACACAUAUCUUGUUAAAUUGCCUAGAAGUUCAAUCUUAUUAUGAUCUCUUUGUGGAGAUACAUGGCCAAGAAAUAGUGUCCGACCAAUUUGCCCCUUGGUUUAACAAUUACGUUUACAAUAAUCCGUGUGGUUUUCAUGAACAAUUUUUGAGGGACAUAUCUUGGGGACCUACUAGUGUCCAUUGUAUGGAAAAAUAUGUGGUUAAUGGUUUCAAAUUUAAUACCCGUGAAUGUGCUAACCAUAUGAAAACUAAUAACAGUGGUGUGUGGGUUAAAAGUGCUGAUGGUGUUGAUUAUUUUGGUGUAAUCGAAGAGAUCUUAGAGUUAGAUUAUUCUGGUUGGCCUCUUAAAAAAAUUGUUCUUUUCCUAUGUAACUGGUUUGAUCCAACCCCAAAAAGAGGUACGAUGGUACUGAAGGAGUGCAAUAUCAUUGAAGUAAAGCACAAGUGGAGGUAUGCAGGUUAUGAUCCUUUCCUCAUUGCACACAAUGUUAAGCAGAUGUACUAUGUCCCUUAUCCAUUGAGACCAGAUAAGUUUGAUUGGUGGGUGGUUAUUAAAACCAAGCCGAUUGGUCGUGUGGAAGUUGAGAAUGAUCUGCCUGCUGCCUUUCAGACUGACGACAUAUCACAUGUUAACCAAGUGGUCAACUCAGAAUUAGUAACUGAACUGGGGCAUCCAGAACAUAUAUUAGAAGAAGUCGAUGUAGCAGAAGUUACUGAUGAAGUCGAAGAAAAUGAUGAAAUUGAAACAAGCGAUGAGGAAGAGUGGUCGGACGAGGAAGAAAAUGAUCAAAAUUAGCCUGUAUUUCAUUUUAGAACUAUUUAAUAUCUGUAGUUUUACUUAAUUGAUUGUAAGACUUAUAAGUAUCUGAAUCUUAAUUGAAUGUAAGACUUAUAAAUGUCUCA